UCAAACAAAAGUCCCGAUUUUAGUGAUUAGGCGGCAAUCGCAGCCAUAAAACUCUAUUACAACAAUAGCUCAGCUUUCUAUAUAUUUAUUAACAAAAAGGAAUAUAAAAAUAUAAAAAAUGAAAGAUGUAAUAAAAUUAUUACAUUUAUUAUUAAAAUCAUCGGAAAAAGCUGCAAAUAUUGCACGUGCAUGCCGACAAAAUGAUUCAUUAUUUCGAUUAUUAAUUCAAGAAAAAAGUGAUGAUGAAAAAAACCCGCGAUUUUUUCGUGAUUUUAAAACACUCGCUGAUGUUCUUAUUCAAGAGACUAUUCGUCAUGAUAUUGGAGGAGAGUUUCCAGAAUUAGCUCAAAUGGUUAAAGGUGAAGAAACAAAUGUAUUUAGUAAUACACUUGACAAAACCAUUGUCGUCGAAGUAUGUUCAACAUGCGACGAAACUAAAAAUUUAUUAUCGCAAGUAUUAGAUGACGAUAUUGAGACAGCUGGUUUACUUGCAAUGGAAAUUCAUCGAGAUAUUGAAUUAACUGAAAUAAGUCCAGUUAUUGAUAUUAAUUAUUUUGAUAAUCAUAAUGUUGACAUUGAUAUCAAUGACUUGGGAAUUUGGAUUGAUCCGAUUGAUUCAACGGCUGAUUACAUUAAUGCCAAUACGAUUAUUGAUGAGGCAACGGACCUGCAUUUAAGCGGAUUGAAAUGCGUUACUGUUCUCAUUGGCGCUUAUCUUAAAAGCAAUGGUCUUCCUGUCUUGGGUGUUGUUAAUCAACCUUUUUUCACCUAUGAAAAUUCGCAAUGGCGAGGAAAUUGUUACUGGGGCAUUCAUUCACCAGAAAAAAGUCAUUCGUCACUUGAAAACUCACUUGUGGAAAAUAAAAUAGUAGUAUUGAGUCGUUACGAGGAUCCAAAUAUUAAAGCAAAGCUGAGUAAUUGCGGGUUUAAAUUAAUAGAAGUCGCAGGUGCCGGAUAUAAAAUAUUGACCGUGGCAAUUGGUCAAGCAGAUGCAUAUAUUCUCUCAAAAAAGUCCACAUACAAAUGGGACACAUGUGGCCCUCACGCUAUUUUGCGAUCCCUCGGCGGCGGUAUCAUUGAUUUUAAAAAAUUCACAGUAAAUAACGAGCAUGGUGACACCCAAAAUGACUUCCAACUAAUAUAUAACGAGGGUGAUGAAUCAAAACACUCAAACAUCGGAGGUUUAAUUGCGUACCGCAAUCCCGAGACACUAGAACUUUUACGACAGUCUCUGGGAUUGUCAACUAAAUUAUAAAUAAAUAAUUUUAUUUAUUAUUCAUUGUUGCAUUGCAUAUGUGAUACAUUUUUAACAGAUUCAAAUACCAAAUACAUAUUAUAUAUACAUAUAUAUGAGAAUGGGUAAACGGACAGGGAAAAUAAAUGUAACUAAAAGAGAAGUAUUUUUAUCUACGGUGACUUAAAUUUUUAAUUUUACUCAGAUCUAUGUUAGAUCUAUAUAUAUUUAGUAGUCAAAUUACCGAUAGGAAAAAUUUCAAGGAUAAAAAAGAUUACUAAAAAUAUUUUUUUUUUAAAUUUUAGAUUUUAGAUCGAGACAAAUGUGAGCAGAUCUAAAUAGAUCUGUCAUUAGUUUAAACUAGAUCCUAGUUGAUCUAAUUAGAUCUCAGACCUUAAUUAUUUUUUUCGGGACGGUUGAUACUCGGAGUCAAAAAAAAUUUUAAUUUACAUAAAAAAAGUAUUGAAAAUUUUGACCAAUUUUUGCUAAAGAAAUAUAUAAAAUUUUAUAUUAUUUCUUGAAUAUUUAAAACCACCAAAAAAAAGUAAUUAAGUUGUUAUUGAACAUUCCUAAAAAUUACUAAUUAUAUAAUUAAUAAAGAGAAAUAUUUUACCAAAAUAUUAAAUAAUAAAAAUUUCGAUACAAUGAUCUGAUUAAAAAUUCAUGUUUAUAAAUAGUUAAUUAAAUACAUCCAAUUAUAA